AUGCUGUUACUUGUGGCGGUAUGUGUGGUGGUAUGCCAUGCAGCUCCUGUCGACAACAAUGACGCUGAAGCAGCCAAAUCGAAACGAGGUCUCCAUCUAGGCAUUGGUUAUCAUGCACCGCUGGUCUCACACUCGUACAUUGCUCCAGCUCCAGUUAUUGCCCAUGCACCAAUUAUUGCCCAUGCCCCACUGAUUGCACACGCGGCACCCCUCUACACUUCGCAUCAUAUCCUGCCAGCCUAUCAUUCAUAUCAUCACUACAAGUAA